UAAAUAAAGAUUAUUAAAAAACCAAACUCAGUGACGAGAUUACAUACACUCUCGAGGAAAUUGAUUUUAUCUGUAACCACUGGCACAGCUGGAAAUGUCAAAAACCUCUCUUAGCUAAGCCUUAAAUUUGCUUGUUUCAUCGUCACAGUGUUUUGAAAAGAUUCCAGUAGAAAAUGAAAGAUAAAGCCCUGAUAGGGAAAUCUGACAGAAACGUCAACACGUCAAUAGGUCAUUGUUAAUUUCGAAGGAGGUUCACUUUUAAAUAGAGCAGACUAGUGUGGUUUGAUCAUUUUGAUUUGGAAUUCUUUGAGAACGCAGAAACUUAAAGAAAGCAGAAAGUUUAACCCUAGAUUCAUUUGAUCCAAAGUGACGGAAGAAGUUAACGUCUCUAUUUACCGCUGAGAGAGGAACUGAUUAAUUGUUUGACUAGAAGUGAACCGAAUCUCACUGGGCCUUCCAUAGACAAAGUUCCAGUUGUAACCUGACGCUUUUACCGACAAUUGUUUUCUCCCCACAGAGCAAAUUAAAAGGAGUGAAAUGUUCGAAACGCAUACCUUAACAGCAGCUUUAAUUGCUAUGAUGGUUGCAAAUUUCCUUAUCAACACCUGUCGAGCCCAUAAAGCCAUAAAGUUAUGCCAGGAAGGUUUAUCCCUCGUCAGCAAACCCGAACUCAUAAAACAAAACGAAUUAUAUAAGGAACUGAGCAAGAUGAUGUAUUUGACAUUGGUUCGGGCUUAUUUUAUCACUAAUGGGAUACAAUACACCAUAAAAUAUUCACACAUUCAGCAGGAAUGUGGCGAAAUGGCUGAGAAAUGUAAGAUGAGCAUGUUUCUAGCUGCUUUGUAUAUCCAUCAAAGUAAAUACGUUGAAGCAAAAGAACUCUUAGAGAAAGCGCUACUGAUCAAUACAGAAAUUGGAGACAAAAAUGGAGAAUCUUCGUGUUAUGCAGACCUUGGAAAGAUAUAUGAGGAAGUGGGCGAAUAUGACAAGGCGAAACAACCUUACGAAAAAGGACUUGCCUUGACAAAGCAAAUUGGUGACAGAAAUGCUCAGUCCUCCUUCUACAGAAAACUUGGAACUGUACUUCGAUCAGUUAGCGAACAUCAGAAGGCGAAAGAACAUUUCGAAGAAGCACUUUCCAUCAGUAAAGAAAUUGGUGAUAAAAGAGGAGAAGCCUUCUCUUACCACGGUCUUGCAACCGUUAUGUUUGAUUCCGUUAGAGAAUAUAAGAAGGCGAAAGAAUAUCUCGAAAAAGCACUUGCCAUCUGUAAAGAAAUUGGUGCAAGAGAUGUAGAAUGCAUCUCUCAUGGAAUCCUGGGAAGUUUUCUUCAAUCAGUUGGAGAAUAUCAGCAGGCGAAAGAACGCUACAAAAAAGCAAUUGCGAUCAGUAAAGAAAUUGGUGAUAGAAAAGCAGAAGCCGUCCUCUACUCAAUCCUUGGAGAUGUGUUUCAAUCAAUCGCAGAAUAUCAAAAUGCAAAAGAAUGCUACGAGUUAGCAAUUUCCCUUAGCACUGAAAUUGGUAAUAAAAAAGGAGAAGCCACAUAUUACGGAAAACUUGGAACUGUAUGUAAAUCAGCUGGAGAAUUUCAAAAGGGAAAAGAAUAUCACGAGAAAGCACUUGCCAUCAGUAAAGAAAUUGGUUAUAGGAAAGGAGAAGGAGCUCAAUACAGAAACCUUGGACUUGUGUUUCAAUCAGUUGGAGAAUAUCAGAAAGCCAAAGAAUAUCAGGAAAAGGCUUUUGCCAUUAGUAAAGAAAUUGGUGACAGAGCAGAAGAAGCCAUCUGUUGCAGAAACCUUGGAAGUCUGUUUCAAUCAGUUGGAGAAAAUCAGAAGUCGAAGGAAUAUCACCAGCAAGCAAUCUCCAUCAGCAGAGAAAUUGGUGACAGAGAAGGAGAAGCCGCCUCUAACGGAAACCUUGGACUUGUGUUUCAUUCAGUUGGAGAAUAUCAGAAAGCCAAAGAAUAUCAUGAAGUAGCUCUUUCCAUCAUUAAAGAAAUUGGUAAUAAGGGAGAGGAAGGCACUCUAUACGCAAACCUCGGAGGUGUCUUUUUUUCAGUUGGAGAAUAUUACAAGGCGAAGCAAUAUUUCGAGAAGGCCCUUGCCAUCCAAAAAGAAAUUGGUGAUAGAGAAGGAGAACAAGCAACCUACGGAAAGCUUGGAACUGUAUUUGUGUCAGUUGGAGAACAUCAGAAAGGAAAGGACUAUUACGAGAAGGCAAUUGCCGUCCAAAAACAAUUUGGUUACAAAAAUGGAGAAGCCAUCCUUCACGUAAACCUUGGAACUGUGUUUCGAUUACUUGGGAAAUAUCAGGAUGCGACGGAACAUUACGAGAAUGCUCUUGUCAUCAAUAAAGAAACUGGUGAGAGAAAACUGGAAGCGGCUGUUUACGGAAACCUUGGAAUUGUAUUUCGGAAACUUGGUGAUUACGAGAAAGCAAGAGAAUAUCAAGAAAAAGCCCUUGUGAUCAGUGAAGAAAUUGGUGAUAGAGCGAGACAGGCCAGAAAUUACGGAAAUCUCGGAGUUAUUUUUCAUUUUCGUGGUGAUAAUGCCGAGGCAGAAAAAUAUCAUAAGAGAGGACUUGCAAUAAGCGAAGAGAUUGGAGACAUUGCCGGGCAGUUUCAUUUCCUUGACAAUCUUGCGCAUCUUAAGUUUUCGGCAGGAAACAUUCAGGAAACGUUGUCGUAUUUAGCUUUGAGCAUUGAAAAAUGUGAACAAUUACGAGGCUUUCUUGGCGAAAACGAUCAAUUUAAGAUCUCUUUCUUUCACGAAAAUAUUUAUCUAUACCAUAAACUCAGUGCAUUACUUUGUUGUACUGGAAAGUUUGAAGAGGCUCUGUACGUUUCUGAGCUAUGGCGGGCAAGAGCACUGGCAGAUUUAAUGUCAGCCGGGUAUUUCGAUGAGAAUCAAAUACUAGCUAACCAUCAGUCAAGGGUUACCAUUGAAAGCGUCAUGGACAGGGAACGAAACUGCACUUGCCUAUAUUUCUUCUAUUUUUGUGAAGAUAUUUUCCUGUGGAUUCUCAAAGCAGGCAGAGUCGUGCAUUUCCGAAAGAUAAAUGGAAGAGAAAUUCUUGUUGGCCAAGGAUUGCUGAAGGAUGACGAAGAUUUGGAGGAGUUCUUUGCUAUGGAAAGCUUUAGAGGUUUUGGCAUUUCACCCGGGGAAGACGAACCGUCGAAGAACAUUCAAACAGAACCCAAGCCUGAUGACAACUAUUGCCGUGUAAUCUCACGCACUGGAACUGAGAAUGAUAGAGAAAAUGAUGAGGUCAAAUCGACUCUUUCUCUGUGUUACAAAUUGAUCAUCGCCCCUGUAGUUGACUUAAUAGAUGGCCCUGAAAUCAUAAUCGUACCUGAACGUUCUUUGUACAACAUUCCGUUUGCUGCGUUACCUGAUGACACUGGAAAGUGUUUAUCGGAGACUUUCAGGAUCCGGAUCGUUCCUUCUCUGACGACUCUAAAGCUCAUCCAAGACAGCCCGGCAGACUAUCACAGUCAGACUGGUGCACUGAUAGUAGGAAAUCCAGAUGUAGGCAAAGUGCGUUACAAGAGACGUCUUCAGAACAUUUUGCGACUACCUCAUGCAGAAAAGGAAGCAAUUAUGGUGGGAAGUAAGCUGGGUGUUGAGCCGUUGCUUGGAAAGCAAGCAACUAAACAAGCAGUACUUCAAGCCAUACACUCAGUGGGUCUGAUACAUUUCGCUGCACAUGGUUUUGAAGAAGAAGGAGAAAUUGUGCUAGCACCGAAUGUCGGAACUCGUAACAAAAUUCCAAAAGAAGAAGACUACUUAUUGACAAUGUCUGACAUUUCAAAAGUUCGACUGCGUGCUAAACUGGUGGUACUGAGCUGUUGCCACAGUGCUCGUGGACAGAUUAAGGCAGAGGGAGUUGUUGGAAUCGCUCGAGCAUUUUUAGGAUCUGGUGCACGCUCAGUGUUAGUGGCAUUGUGGCGUGUACAAGACAGUGCAACAGAGCAGUUCAUGAGUCGUUUCUAUGAGCACCUUGUCGGUGAGGAUAGCGCUAGCGAAUCUCUUCACGAGGCCAUGAAAUGGAUGCGAUGUAACGGCUAUUCUGACGUCAGGCAGUGGGCGCCUUUUAUGCUGAUUGGUGACAAUGUGGCAUUUGAUUUUGGAAAAAAACCCCAAAGAAGUGAAAUCGUCGAGUGAGCUAAGCUGACAAACAAUUGUUGUACUCAAUAACUGUUUCUUUUCCGCUACCUUUGCAUGUGGAAACGUACGGGAAUGCUAUCAUAAGAUAUUACACAAAAAAUUUGACUUUUCUCUCGUUCGAGCUUAUAAGUGUCACAGCUCAGGAUUAAAAAUACUUCAAGUUGUAUAAAGAGAUCUCAGUAGAAACGAAAUUGGAUGCCUUUAUCUUGUAUCCUGCAAUAUAUUGUAACGAGGACAUCGGUAAAUUAAAAUUCUACACAAGCCGCUACGUUUGUGUCACUUUGUGGUGUUCGUAGUUACCUCGUUGUUUUGAAAGCUUCACGUUUGUGCUUUGCUUGUAUGAGUGCUUUAGCAAUAGAUCAAAGCUAUAAUUCUUUAAAGUUACCCCACNCCCCC